UUUAAGAUGGCAAAGAGAUGGAAAAAUGGGCGUUUUAAACAUAGUAUACGCCAGAACAAUCAGAAUGCUGAAAGUGAAAGUGAAAAUGUAUUUUACUAGAAUUUAGAUCUAGAUCAGUCUGUGUUACAUGACCAUUCUUAUGUAGACAUUAUAGAUCAUGAGCAAUCUGUCUCUGUUGGAUAUUCAUGUGAUAUACCAUGUACUGAAACUGAAUUUGAUAAUAACAUUGGUGCAUAUGUUGAAAUAACGUCAGAGCAGAGCUUUUUGGAAGGAAACAGGAUAAUAGAUAUUCCGUACUUGAUAAAGUCUCUAAACCAGGGUUGUUCGUGCGGAAGCAGACUGUUUAUUAAUGACUGUGUUGGGGAGACCAUCUAUGGACUUGGGAGUUACCUUCAUAUCAAGUGUCAAAACAUCAUGUGUGAAAAAGUCACAAAAAUUACAACCAGUAAAAAACAUGGGAAAGUGUUUGAUAUAAACACUAAAUUUGCUUCAGGAAUGCUUGAUGCUGGAAUAGGGGAGACGAAAGCAAAUAAUCUUAUUUCCAGUUUAAACAUACCAGUUCCAUGUAAAAAAACAUUGAAGAAACGAGAAAGAGAGGUUGGCCAAGCUAUCGAAGAAUCAGCAGAUGAAAGUGUUAGAAAGGCUAGAAUGAUAGAGAAGGAGGAAACAUUGAAACGUUAUGGACUUGAAGGUGAGCUGAAGUGUGCAGUAGAUGCUGGUUGGCAAAACAGAGGGAGUGGUCGCAGUUACAACAGUUUAUCAGUUCCUGAUGAAGUGGCUUAUGAUCCUUACAAGUUAAUGUUAUAUAAACAAGCAUUGCGUAAAGGACAGGAAAAAGAAAACACUCUUCGUAUCAAUAUCAUUGGUAAUUUCAAACAGGGUAAAACGUCAUUAGCGAACAGAUUGACUGGAAAGUCCUGCGAAGGAGUCACAAGUACAAAUGGUAUAGAAAUCAACAGAUACAAAUGUCAGCCGUCUGGCGAUGGAAGCAAUACACUAUCGUCUUUUGAAAACGAAAAGAAAGAGUUUGCUUAUCGUAUUGCAACCGUUGCACGUUCAGUUGGACAAACAAUCAGAUCAGAUAGCGGUGAAACAAAUUUAGAAGAGAACUCGAUGGAUGAUUAUUCUGAGCAUACCACAUCCAGAGAAGAAAGUUCACCACAAGAUCAGCAGCUAAAACAUCUCGAGACAAAUCCCCACGAUCCUAUGGAAGCUGUUACAAGCAAAGUCAACAAUGUGGAUAAUUUAGUUCAGCCUGUAUCACAGCAAAGUCACGAUGUCAAAAAGAAAAAACCUAUGGCACUGUCUUCGGAAGAGAAAUCAAUGUUUUCGAAUGCAGUUGAAGUUCAAAACGACAAGCCUGCAAACUUUAUUGAAAUCUGGGACUUUGGAGGUCAACACGAAUUUUAUGCUACUCAUACAUUGUUUCAUAGCAGGAGAGCUUUAUAUCUUUUGGUCUUUGACUUAACGAAAUCUUUGGACAAAACUCUUCCGGGAGAGACUGAGGAUAGAGAUAUGAAAUAUUAUACGAGAUUUUGGAUAGAAUCUAUCCAUGCAUUCGCAGGACCUGACCCGAAAGUUAUACUGGUUGGUACCCAUAAAGACCAACUUCAGGGAAAUGACCAAUCAUGGGAAGACUAUUUCGAAAACGUCAGACGAUUAUUUGACGAUACCAAACUUCUGGACCAUAUCCAGAAAGAAGAGUUCGCUGUAAAUAAUCUUGACAUUAAAGAUCCAGGCAUUUCAAGUCUUCUUGCAUAUAUCUUAGAAACACACAACAAGCCAGAGAAGCCUGUCAAUAUCCCUGCACGUUGGAUACAACUGGAAAAAUCUUUAAGAGCACUGAAAACAUCCAUAAUCACAUUUGAAGAUUUGGUAAAAUUGGACAAGGAAAAUGAGUAUCCUCUGCUUGAUAAAGAACAACUAAAACUUUUUCUUUAUUGUCACCAUGAGAAAGGAUCCUUGUUUUUUUACGACGAAGAUCAGUUGUCAGACUUCAUUUGCCUUAGACCAAAGCUCUUAAUUGAUGCUUUUAAAUGCAUUAUUACUUCUGAACAGUUCUACGAGAAGGACCCUGAAAUUCGUAGGCUUAGGAGUAUUUUGACAGAAGAAGGAAUAUUAACGCAUGAUCUUAUCGAGAAGGUUUGGUCAAACAAGCCGGAUUUUGUAACAAAUAAAGAUGCCAUUCUUGGAUUCCUGAAGAAACAAAACAUUCUAUCAGAAAUAGUUGUCAGUCCUGAAGAAAAGAAGCAGCACAAUUGGUUUAUUGUUCCAAGUUCACUAAAGCGUCAUAGUUCCAGUGAAGAACUGAAUCGUUUCCUGGAUAAGAAAUUUCAAUCACAGGUUCGGUAUUCGAUGAAGUUUAAGAAAUCAUCGCUGGUACAUCUGACCUUCCAUAAAGUCCUAGCUGCGGCCCUUGGAAAAUGGCCUAUUGAUCGCUGUGGCGAGAAACGGUUGUUAUUCAAAAAUGUAUGUGUGUUCAAAUACAUGAACAGUGAUAACCAUGUAGCUCUAUUAGAGCAGAGAAUAGACAGUGGAACAAUUGAACUUAGAGUAAUAAAAAUACCACCAAAACAUCAUUGUGAAAACCACCACGCCGAAGGGUUAAGACGUUUUGUUGAAUAUGUUGUGAUGCACGAAUUUAGAAAAUCGAAGUAUAAUAGGGAAGAAAAAGACAAACCGUUUGUGCCAGCAUACAGAUGCAACCACGCAGAUCAUGGUCCAGAAGGAGGAAGUCAACUAAAGGAUUUCAAAGAAGGUGAAUAUGUAAGUUGUCCUGAUAGAGUCACUCAUGACAGCUUUGACUACAAAAGAGCAAAUACAGAAUGGUACACUAAAUAUACGAUUGAUGAAGUGUAUCCGAAACUAGAAUUAGAAGAUAAGACACUAAGUCAAUUGGCUCAAAAAGCAAUUGGUGCCAACUGGAAAAUGCUUGGACUUGAACUUGACGUUUCACAGAUCGAGAUUGAUCAUAUUGAAGACGAAAAUGAAUCAGUUAAAAUGCAUAUCUAUAAAAUGCUUCUAAAGUGGAAAGCUAAAUCUGCUGACAAGGCGACGCUAGAUGUAUUAGCUAAGGCAAUGAAGAAAUGUGAUGUGCGCAUUGACUGGGAUGAAAUGCGGAACAUCAGAGACGAAUGUCUUAACCAACAGGGAAAAAAACCUGAUUUUACUCAUCCAUUAUCCAACAAGAUUGUGAAUGUCAGUGAGGCAUUGACUUUGGAAUGUGAAAUAGCAGAGUCUAAUGUCACGGUAAUGUGGCUAAAAGAUGGUGAGCCUAUUGAACAAGAUGGUAGGAAAACGAUCUUUUCAGAAGGGAGACUUCACAAACUGGUAGUGGAAGAUGUUGCAUUUGAGGAUGCUGGCAAAUACACAUUUACAUUUGACACUUCAAAAACAGAAUGUUUUGUCUAUAUCGAAGACCCAAAUGUGCCUUUGAAGUUCACAAAAGAACUUAAAGAUAUAGAGAUAGGAAAUAUACACAGACCGGUGACAUUUUUAUGCGAACUCAGCACGAGCCAAACCGAAGUGAUAUGGUACUUUCGCAACCAAAGUUUAUAUUCGUCAAACAAGUAUGGAAUAAAAGAUGAUGGACCUACACAUAUGUUAGUGAUCAGAGAUGUUUCGGAGAAAGAUGAAGGCACAUACUCGGUCUCCGCAAAAGGUCUAACUUCGCACGCUAGGCUCUACUUUGACGCAACAGAAGAAGAACGCAAUUUGCUGGCUGAACAUAGGAAAAAACUAAGAGACCCAAAUGUGCCUUUGAAGUUCACAAAAGAACUUAAAGAUAUAGAGGUAGGAAAUAUACACAGACCGGUGACAUUUUUAUGCGAACUCAGCACGAGCCAAACUGAAGUGAUAUGGUACUUUCGCAAUCGACGUUUAUAUUUGUCAAACAAGUAUGGAAUAAAAGAUGAUGGACCUACACAUAUGUUAGAGAUUAGAGAUGUUUCGGAGAAAGAUGAAGGCAUGUACUCGGUCUCCGCAAAAGGUCUCAUUUCGCAGGCUAGGCUCUACUUUGAAGAAACAGAAGAAGAACGCAAUUUGCUGGCUGAACAUAGGAAAAAACUAAGAGAACAAAGACUCAUAGAAGAACAAAGACUCAUAGAAGAACAAAGACUCAUAGAAGAACAAAGACUCAUAGAAGCUGAACAGUUAUAUGGACCGUUUGCUUCCGAGAUGUACAGCAAGGCACUGAAAUACGGAAUCGAAGAAGACUCUUCAGUAAGAAUUAAUGUUGUGGGAAGUUUUGGACAAGGUAAAACUUCACUAAUAAAGAGAUUAAUUGGACAAGAUCUUGAUGGUAUACAAAGUACUAACUCUAUCGACAUUGUGCAUUAUAAAUGCCAUCCGGAUCAAUCUGGAAAUAUAACAUCCAACAUGAACACGUAUCUUGAUCUUGAAAGUAUUGAAGAGAAAACAUAUCAUAUACCAAAGACCAUGUCAGUUGAAAACAGAUUGCAGUAUGUUCAAGCAUUUCAAGACACAAACGAGCACAAAAGUGUCAAUUCCAACACUAUAACAUUGGACAUUUGGGAUUUUGGGGGUCAACCUGUAUGCUAUGCAACUCAUGCACUGUUUCAAAGCAGAAAGGCAAUUUACCUUCUUGUUUUCAAUCUAUCAUGUGGGUUAACGGACAUUGUGCCAAACGACGAGGAGAUCAAUGCAAAUAUGGGCCGAAGAACAAUGGAAUACUACAUACGGUAUUGGGUAAACUUAAUUCACUCUUUCGUUGGAAACAAAGAUGGAACGGAACCUACAAUCAUACUUGUCGGAACACAUUUUGACAAACUGGAAGGAGAUGAUCGGUCAAAACGACGACAGGCAGAUAGAUACUUCGAGAAUGUUAGAAAAUUGUUUGUAGAGAAGCAAGCACUUAACCACAUAUUUCAACAAGAUUUUGCAGUAGGUAGCAGCGAUGUUGGAAAUGCAGCAUUUGAACAUUUGAAGGAAACAAUACUUUCUGUUGGGCAACAGAUUGCAAGGUCAACCAAAGUGCCAGCCAAAUGGAUCCAGCUUGAAAAAGCUUUAUUUACAUGCAGGAAAGAAAAGAUAGUAGAAUUUGGAAAGAUAGUUGAAAUUGACAAGAAAAGCGAGGAUCCUCUUGGUACUGUUGAACAAAUAAAGCUAUUUUUGAAAUAUCAGCAUGAUAAGGGAAAUGUGUGUAUCAUUGAAGAGGAACCAAUACAAAAAUAUGUUGUCCUGGAUCCACAGUUUCUUAUUGAUGCCUUCAAGUGCCUUAUAACAGUAAAACGAUUCAUCAGAUAUAUGCCAGAUGUCUACUACGAAUGGAAAACCCUUAUAACCGAAGGAAAGUUGACACUAACGCUAAUUGACAAACUGUGGACUAACGCUGAAGACAAAUUACUAAUGUUUCACCGAGACACGAUUCUUUGGUUUUUUCAGAAACACCACAUCCUGUCAGAAGCAAUGAGAUAUCACGAGAAGGAAAGGAAAGCAGUUGGACUUGGUUGGUAUAUCAUUCCAAGCCUACUGAAAGAUCACAGUCAACGCGCAGAACUAUGGGAAUUCCUGAAAGAGAAAAAACAAACAAUAGUCCAGUUCGUCCUUUCAUUUGACAACUCCGCAGUCAUGCAAACAGUUUACAAUCGACUUAUUGCAGCAGUGCUUGGAAAGUGGUCAGUUAUCGAAUUUAGAGAGAAGAGAUUUCUUUUCGAAGAUUUGUCUAUUGUCCAAAUCGACUGGGAACAUGCUGGGCAAAUAACAUUAAAUGACAAGCACUUACAUUUAUCUGUACUAAAUCUGUGCCCCCCUCGCAAUGUCGAAAGGAAGAUUACAGAUGCAUUUAGGCGCUUUGGAGAAUCCGUUAUAAGGAAUGAAUUUCGAAAAUACAAAGGGGCAAAAGAGCACAUUGUGUUGCCAUAUAAACAAGGAUACGUAUGUAAUCACAAGAGCCAUAAGUUUGGUGGCGAGAAUAUCAAAGCAUUUGGACAGGAAUUAAGCAUACCGAGCCCAGCAUGUGAGUCACAUAACAUUAACAAAGAUUUGGCGGUGUCUGAAUGGUUUCAGGGAAAUGAAGUGCAAGAGUUCGUUUCCUCUGAAAACCCGUCUAAUCUGACUCUAAGCAAACUUACGUACGUAAUCGGUGAGAACUGGGAGUUGCUUGGACCAGCACUUGGAUUAAAAAUGGCUACGAUUGAACACAUUAAGAUAGACAAUCACAACUCAGCCAUGAGAAUAUAUCAAAUGCUUCUUCACUGGCGUGAUACAUACCCAGAUAAAGCUUCUGUUCGCACGCUUGUUGAGAAGCUGAGGAAUCUGCCACAAGUUGUGGUGGAUUGGGACGGUAUCAGGAAUAUAGUCGACGAACUGAAUAAAUCUGAAUGGUCACGAUUAGCCCAGUAAUACUUCAAAGUAGUAUAUUCAUUAGCUGUUACAUGAAUACCAACAUAAGACAAGUUGCUAACAAAUAUGACUUUUUGGAAAUGCUUGUUUUUGAGAACAAUAAAGAAAUACAAAAGUGUUAUAUGAUUAAACAGCUGAUCUUGGUAACGAAGUGUUUACUUCAAGUAGAACUGAUGACACUAAAUAUAAACAACGAAAUGAUCAGGAGACAAAUCUCUUAUGUAAACUAGAUGAACUGUCAGCAUUGUUUGACGCUGAUCAGUUAUCCCUUAACAUUGUCCUAAAUCAACUUUAUUUUACCAAACGCGUACAUUAAAUGUUAUGUCAAGCUGAAGAAUUUAUAAAUGAUGUGAGGAAGCCAUCCAGCUAGUUUACGAAAGCUCGACCAUGCCUGAAUCUGCCCGGACGGGGACAUGGGUGUCUUCCGUCACUAUCAAAACUGGUUUUGCACCGUAUGACUUAUAACUGAAUCAAUGUGAUGUUACACAAAGCAAAAUAAUUGUAUCCACAGCAAUUAUCCCGUGCUCGCGUUAUAACUUAUAGCAUCCAAAAUUUUGCUCGCAUGAUAACCUAUAGCACCCAUAAUUCACAACAUUUAUUUACAUUAACAUGAAAAUCAACUCAAUCUUCUACCAUUAGAAUUCCUAGUCAAUAUUUUUUAUUUUUUAACGCUGUCUUGACUAUUGCGGAUAAUUUAUUUUCCUUACCGAACGUACGACAAUUACACAGAAAAAAACAACAUUUGAUUUAAUACUCUGUAUUUAUAAUGCAUAUAUGGUGAAUAUACACAUCUUCUUGGAAAUAUUUUCCAUUAUCAUAUGCUUUUGUAAAUAUUUUGAAUGUAAAUGUACAUUAUUUUAGACUGCUACGUUUUAUUUGUGUCCAUCAAAUGUAAAGUUUUAUACAAAUGAAAACUGUACAUGUCUUUAUAUUUAGCCGUAUGAAAGCUGGUAACUAUUUAGAAAUAGUGUAAUAAUUAAAACUGUAGUAUAAUUACGUUAGUCUAAGCAUUUUACUUUGUAUGCCAUUCAGAAUGUACUGUUGCUAUAUGCAAUUGUGCUUUGUAUUAGAUAUAUGAUAGUGUUAACAUUCAAUUUGACGCAUUUUCGAUUUAGCGUGCAUUCUUUAAGAUCUAAUUUCAGUAUUGAGCACGUUUUGCCGCUGUCAUGAAGAUGUUAAUUUGAUAACAGACUGAUCUCGUCAGAAAAUGAAUGCAUGCCAUUCUCAGAGGUAUCGUUAGCAGAUGUUAUAUUGUAUACCAAAAUAUAUCAAAUAAAUCGUAUAUCGCAAAUAGUUUUACCAUCAGGAAAUACUACAUUUCAUUUCUUACAACUCGAUGAACAUAGAGAAAAAAAAUACAUUUAGAUAACAAAUCAAAUAUUCUUUAUCGCUUUGUUAUUGUAACCAGGCAUUCAUAUAAAAAUGCUGCAUAGAAGCCAGGCAUUGUCUAUACUUCCCAUGUGUAAGUAUAUGUCAUGUGUUUGUCUUGUAGUUGACCUUACACUGUAGACAUAUGUUAAUAAUAUUCUGUAGUUUAUUGUAUAUAAGGCUUAAGAUAUGUUUGUUUCCGGUAUCCCGACCUACCCUAAAUUUUUAUGGCCUUGGAGAAUACUUUUUCAACUUUUUAACAAAAAGUUGCAAAACUGCAUUUUUAUGCUUUAAAUAUGGCCAGUGAUGUUAGAAAUCAAUUUACUGAUGCUCCAAAUGCAUAAACCCGUUAUUUGUAUUCAUGUUUUGACAAAAAAUAAUUUCCGAAAAGUCUCCCUUGAUAAAAAAAACUUCCGACCUGCCUACCUUAAUUUUUCUGCGCAUUUUACCGGAAACAAAGAUUUUUUAGGCCUAAUUAUGACGUGAUUUGACGUUAUGUUUCAAUUUUCUUACAUUUUGUUUAGAUUGAUGAUGCUGGGUGUAUCAUAUUACUUUGUCUGCUGACAUUUUGCAUUGAUUGAAUUAUUUCAGGGGAUUGUUAGCAAAUAUUACGCCUAGCUUAUUUCCUAUUCAUUGUAAAACAAAUUCAUUGUAUAUGAGACAAUGAGUUGGUUGUACUAUUGCUGAAUAUAUAUUUGAAGUUGGUGUGUAUCUUCUUGUAAUACAGAUGUUGUUAAAAGUAACAAUCACAUUUGUUUAUGUCUUCUCUUAGCAGUGAUAUUGUUUUUCCAUGUUUUCAUACAUUUUUUUUGUAAAUGAUGGUACACUCCGUGGUUUGGUUUUUAAUGCAGAACAGUGUGCUAUUAUACAUAAUUUUUAUACGGCUUUGAAAAGCAUGACGUGUUGCUAUCACACGUCGCAAUAUUUGACGGCUUUAUUCUACAAAAAUGAAAGCUGAAAGGCACAUAAUUCGAUUGCUGAGGCAUUCGAACAUACAUUGUGUAAUAAAUACAAUUAUGAUCAUCAAUAAUUUUGCUAUUAACUUUUAUAUUUGUAUACAAUAACUUAUGUGUUUUUGACCAUGGUGCUUGCAUCUCUGUUGUAGGCACAAUAUUUAAUAUGUAUUAAUUCAUUAUAAAUUUUGAAAGGAUCAUCUCAGAAUAUAUUAUGUAAUAAUUCAUGGUAAUAAUCCUACAUGUAACAUAAUCCAGAGCUGAAAAAACAAACAAAUAUUUUUUGCGAUAGUAUCUUGUUAUUUGAGACAUUGCGCAUUUAGUUGUUUUCAAUACAUAGAUAUAUUUUACUAAAACUUCAUUUCCCUUAAAAUGAUACAGAAAGUGUUUAAGGUAUACUUAGCAGGAUUACUGUUCUGAAGUACGAUGUUAAACAGACAAUAUUCCUAACAUAGCUUGAAUAAAUACCAUUCGUUAUAUAUGUAUUAUGUGUAGUUUGCGCCACAAAUGUGUGUCAUGGUAUAAUAUUAAAAUAUAAAGUGUAUUGUAGAGUUUUAUUCUCUUUUGUAAGAAUUACCAGGAGGUAUUGCUUGCCCAUUUUAUCAUGUAUAAACUGUAAAUUUUAUAUACUGGUUAGACUUUGGUAAACUUUCAAAUAUACUUGAGCGCUUUAAUAAGCAAUGCAUUAGAAGCUCUGUCAAAAUUACUGUUAAUAUUUGAAAUAAUGUUACUGAUUAAAUAUUUUCCGGAUAACUUUACAUUCAUGUUUUGGAUCAUUCGUGUGUGAGAAUGAAAUUAAGAUUUUUGUUCUCAUAUCACAUAAGUCUUUCCGCGAUACAGCUGACGCACUUGAUGUUCUAAAUAAUGAAUAUAACCUAGUAUUCCUGACUUUUUGUUUCUGACAAACAUUUUUAAGGUACCGGCCUAGAAUAUGCUUAAUAUUUUCUUCUGAAGGAACAUUGAGACGGGUACAGUAUUACGACACAAAAAAAACAUUUGAAGUACCGCGCUUUAAAGGGGUGAUUUGAGCUUAUUUUUAGAACUUUAGUUCAAAACAACACAGAUAGUCACUUGUGGUACUAAUCCUAAUUUUCUUUACUUGAAAUGAAACACCGUUAAGAAGAACUCCUUUAACACCUGAAACGCAAUGUCAAUAAGCAUAAUAAGGGCUGUUCGGAUCAAUGAAGUCUUAAAUAAACAAUCGGAAAUAUUGACACUAACACUUAUUUUGUUGAUACAUAUUUGAUGAUUUAAACAGCGUAGCAUGCGAAAUCGCUGAUUUUAACCAUUUUUCUGUCAUUUUAUAAUGUUCGGCGAUAUAUGACCAUUUUGUGUCGAUUCGCCGUAAAACCCAACUCACUCCUAUAAUGGUGUCAUGUAUGAGUUACACAUAAUGUGUUUGAAUCAAAAUCUAUGCAUUUAAUAAGAGUUUUAUACCUAUUGUGUCAGUCACAUUACACCGUUAAGCGAUAAUGACACCAAACGUAUAGAAAACAAUGCGGCAGAAAGUUAUCCAGUGACGAAAGGCAUCUCCCGCUGCUGCUCGGUGCUCUCGCGAUCGGUGUAUGGAGCGCAUAAAACGCACAAUGACCGCAAGAUUAACGCACAUAUACAGGACGAAUACCGUUCAUUUAACUGAUAUGACCGCACUAGUCACGAACAUUUACCGCGUAAAACGUAAGGGCAACGCACGAGAACGGACAAAACAUUCUUUCGUAUGUUGAACAUACGUUACAUCCGUUCCAAGUCAGGUAAUAGUCCGGCCGUGAAUCAGGUCCAACGGACAAGAACGGAUGCAAACCGGACAAGUACAGAAUAGGGGACGCACGAGUAAUGAACAAAACGCAAAGGGAACGCACGAGUAACGAACAAAACGCAUAUGAGGGAGUUGCUACCAUACAUAGAACGGACAAUUUUUUCCUGUAGUGUACGUUCUUUACCUUCCACCGGAUGGAACGAACGUCGCCGGACAAGGCGCCGCAGGAGAAACGGAAAUGAAACAAAUGCGAACGGACACGAACGAAUUGAACAUUUUGCUAUACGUUGGACGUUCCUUAACGCUAUACGGUGUAGUGUGAUAAAAAAUAAAGUUAGUGUUAUUUCUUAAAGCAAUUAUUAAAUGUAUACUUUUAAAAUGCUAAAAUAUAUGUUAUGGCAAUACUGCAAUAACUGUAAUAUUGUAUAUAUAAUAAUUCUGUUUGUAUUGUUUAAUUUUGAUUGUUGACAAAACAAUUGCAAACAUAAAUAUAAAUUCAAAUAUUCUUAAGUAUGACUGUUAAAAUAUAUAUUACUCUAGGUGGUCAAUUUCCGCAUUUCUGUUACAUUCUGUUACAUUAGCACCUUUGCAUAGUAGUUCUGCUGAUUUAUUACAAAUUAAUAUUUUUACUUUGAUAAUGUCCGGUGGUGUUGCUAAGCUAAGGUAAUGGUUAGUUUUUACUUCACCAGUUUGCAAUAGGUACUUUUGAAUAUCUUCUUUUAAAGUGAGUUAAAUAUGAAAAAGAAUAUCUGCCAUUUUGAAGUUUAGAGGUAUAAGCUGAUAUAUGUAACUCAUAUUUAAAAGAAUAUAUGUUCAAAGUAUAUUGUAUUUCAGCAUUUAUAAAAGUGAUAGCGCUUUUAAAAUAGCAUGUCUGUAUUUUAUAGGGUAAAAAUGUACUGUAGAUGUGUACUCCGUUCUUACUAGUUAUUAGUUUGAAACAUUUUUUACCGUGGGAACAUGUUUGCUGGUCUAGACUGCCAGAUCAACAGUCAUCUACCUUGCCGUGUACAAUUUCCCAAUAAAUGCAGACACGAUAAAUGUUAAAUGAUAUAACAGCAAAUAAUUUAUAAUCCAUGUUCCAAUCAUCCUGACUCCAGUGUUUAUGUAGUUUAUAUGCCGAUUUGACCUGGUGUGUAUUUCACUAUUUGUGUAUUUGAGUCAGUCACGUGUAGUAUUUUAGAUCAUAAACUUUGAUUCUAACACGACCAGCGAAUAACCUACAUACAUGUAGAGCAAAAUAUCUCGGAUUAUUCUGCAAUAAACCACUCGCGUACAAUGACGUCAUCUGAUCCAGGUGCUUAGCACGGUCGUAAAAUGCAGUUACCAUUUUUUUUAACACUGUUGAUACUAGUAUGUCGUGUUAGAAUCGAAAUAACAAGUUCCGAAGUGUGAUUUAUCGUAGAAUAACUCGAGUUCUUCGUUCUUACGCGAAAUAACAUAUCACUCAGGCCAACGGCCUUCGUGAUAAUAUUUUUACGCAAAAGAACUCAAAACACGGGUUAUUCUACUAUAAACCACGUUUGGGAACUUAUUAUUUCUUAAAUAAAGUAUUUAUUUCUAAUCCAGCAUGACAUUCUGAACUGAAAUAACCUAUCUGAAUAUAUUGAAUUAUUGAAUUUUUAUAUAUAUAUAUAUAUAAUUUCUUACUGGUGCGUAUAAAAUAUUUUGUGUCUUGUCUCGAAAUAAAAUUUAAAAAAGGA